AUGGCGGCUCCACACGAGCACGAGUCAAACAGCACAGCGACUACCGAUAUAAUUUCCAACGAGUCAGAAAAGGUGCAGACAGCGGCGCAGGAAAUAGACGCUGACAGCGAGAAGCCCCUUCCGACGGAGGAAGAAAACGCAACCCUACGCAAGGUCGCCGAUAAUCUACCAUGGGUAUCAUUCUCGCUUUGUCUCGUUGAGUUUGCAGAGCGUGCGUCCUACUAUGGAGCUAAAACCGUGUAUGCCAACUUCAUUGAGUAUCCGCUUCCAGAAGGUGCUAAAGGCUAUCUUCUAGGGGGCAAUGGUGCUGGCGCUCCUCCACGUGGCACCCAGAAAACUGCAGGUGCACUUGGAAUGGGACUACAAGCCAGCAGUGGUUUAACUCUGCUAUUUGUUUUCUUGGCCUAUGUGAUCCCCAUCUUCGGUGGAUGGUGGGCCGAUGUCUACGUUGGACGCUACAAAGCCAUCUUUGUCGGGGUCGUGCUGUGUGGUAUAGCUCAUAUCAUUCAAUUGGUUGGUGUUAUCCCAUCUGUGCUACAGAAAGGACAGUCGCACGCUGCUCCGCCAUUCAUUCUUGGUCUUUUGAUUCUCGCAUUCGGAGCCGGUAUAUUCAAGCCGAAUGUAUCCCCUCUCAUCUUGGAUCAAAACAAAAACAAGAAGCCUUUUGUACGGACUUUGAAGUCUGGAGAAAGGGUAAUCGUUGACCCCGAAGCAACUACAAACAGGAUUAUGCUUUUGUUCUACGGGUUCGUGAAUAUCGGUGCUUUCUACAUGCUCGCCACAACAUAUGCAGAGAAAUACGUUGGAUACUGGUUGUCCUUCUUAUUAUCUGCCAUUAUCUACUUUUUACUGCCAAUUCUACUGUUGGUGGUCUAUAAGAGAUUACACAAGGAGCCUCCCAGUGGAGGAAAGGAGCUCACCGAAGCAUUCAAAAUCACAUCAAGGGCACUCCGCGGCAGCAAAUUCAGAAUUUGGCGAAAAGACUUCUGGGAUUCCGCAAAGCCUUCCAAGCUCGAAAGCCAAGGUAUUAUCGUUCCUUGGACAGACAAGACCGUUGCGAAGGUCGCGACAACUCUUCAAGCAUGCGAUAUCUUCAUCUACUUCCCAAUCUGGUAUAUGAACGAUGGAGGUAUCGGCUCUGUUCAGUCAAAUCAAGGUGGAUCCAUGAUAACAAAUGGAGUUCCUAAUGACGUGUUGAACAACUUCAACGCCUUGACAAUCAUCUUUACGAUUCCUCUUCUGACCUACGUGAUAUACCCAACUCUCCGACGCUAUAAGAUAACCCCUGGCCCAAUCACCCGAAUCACCUUCGGCUUCUUCCUGGCCACACUUUCCGGCCUUGCAGGAACAUUGACGCAAUGGAAGGUCUAUGAGCUCUCGCCCUGUGGAUACCAAGCCUCCACCUGCGACGAAGUGGCGCCGAUUAGUAUUUGGUGGCAACUUGCGACGACCAUCCUAGCCGCUCUGAGUGAAUGUUUCGCGGCCGUGACUGCGUAUGAGGUUGCCUAUGCACGAUCGCCAAAGAGCAUGAAGAGUUUGGUUGUGGCUGUUUUCCUGUUCAUGAAUGCUUUGAGUAGUGCUCUCGGAGAGAUCCUUAUCCCAGUGACGAAGGAUCCGUAUCUCCUAUGGCUUUGGGGUGCCCCUGCAGUGGCUCUAGCGCUGCAGUCGGUCAUCUUCUGGUUCAGGUUCAAACAUUUGAAUCAUGAAACUUUCAAUGCGGGGGAUGAACUUGAUGAGGAAGAUGAGCAGGAGCAGGAGCAAAGGGCUGCGCUGAAAGUUUGA